CUCAUUUACCCGAGCCCGGGCUGGAGCUGCUGCAGUCGCCUACCGAACCCAAGCCGUGCCUGUGGCUGCAGAGGAUAACCGACUGACUGUGCACAGAGAACCGACACCAGCCAUGCCUCACUCAUACCCAGCCCUUUCUGCCGAGCAGAAGAAGGAACUGAAUGACAUCGCUCUCCGGAUUGUGGCCCCAGGCAAAGGCAUUCUGGCUGCAGAUGAAUCUGUAGGCAGCAUGGCUAAGCGGCUGAGCCAAAUCGGGGUGGAGAACACAGAGGAGAACCGCCGGCUAUACCGCCAGGUCCUGUUCAGUGCUGACGACCGUGUGAAGAAGUGCAUUGGAGGGGUCAUUUUCUUCCAUGAGACCCUCUACCAGAAAGAUGACCACGGUGUCCCCUUCGUCCGUACCAUCCAGGAUAAGGGCAUCAUUGUGGGCAUAAAGGUAGACAAGGGUGUGGUGCCUCUGGCUGGGACUGAUGGAGAAACCACCACUCAAGGACUGGAUGGGCUCUCGGAACGCUGUGCUCAGUACAAGAAGGAUGGCGCUGACUUUGCCAAGUGGCGCUGUGUGCUGAAGAUCAGCGAACGGACACCUUCAGCACUUGCCAUUCUGGAGAAUGCCAACGUACUGGCCCGCUAUGCCAGCAUCUGCCAGCAGAAUGGCAUCGUGCCUAUUGUGGAACCUGAGAUCCUACCUGAUGGGGACCAUGACCUCAAACGCUGCCAGUAUGUUACAGAGAAGGUCCUGGCUGCUGUGUACAAGGCCCUGAGUGACCAUCAUGUGUACCUGGAGGGGACGCUGCUGAAGCCCAACAUGGUGACUCCUGGCCAUGCCUGUCCCAUCAAAUAUACCCCAGAGGAGAUAGCCAUGGCCACUGUCACUGCCCUGCGUCGUACUGUGCCCCCAGCUGUCCCAGGUGUAACCUUUCUGUCUGGGGGUCAGAGUGAAGAGGAGGCCUCACUCAACCUCAAUGCCAUCAACCGCUGCCCCCUCCCCCGGCCCUGGGCCCUCACCUUCUCCUAUGGACGUGCCUUGCAGGCCUCUGCACUCAACGCCUGGCGAGGGCAACAGGACAACGCUGGGGCUGCCACUGAGGAGUUCAUCAAGCGGGCUGAGGUGAAUGGCCUUGCAGCCCAGGGCAAAUAUGAAGGCAGCGGAGAAGAAGGUGGAGCGGCCGCACAGUCCCUCUACAUUGCCAACCAUGCCUACUGAGUACCCGCUUCCACAGCACAGCCCUUGGCCCAGCCACCUGCACUCAUUGUUGCUUGUAGUCACAGCUGGGGUCAAAUAGCCAUGCAGGGCAGAAAUGCCUUUGUUUCAGCAUCAAGUCAUCCUCCUUUUCUCUCCCCCACCUUCCAUUCCCCAUUGCUGACCUAGGACCAUAGGAUGGGAAGGGGGGAAUCCCUCAGGACCGAGGGCAGGAUAGCUUGAUAGAGUCAGAGCAGGAUGCCUGGGUGUCCCCCCUACCUCUGCUAGCCUCCACAUUUUGCCUAAGACAGGAUAGCUUCUCCUUGGGCUCUCCUUCUUGCCUGCCCUCUCUCCUGGGAUCCAAGGGUAGGACAUCACCCCGACUCAUGCCUUGAAUACAUACCACAUAGCAAAUAAAUGGUAGCAAAA